UGCGAAGCUUUCGACAGAAGCGCAAUCAUUGGCUCACAGCUAGCUAUCAAGGACAGCGUAGUGAUGUUCGUGAAGCUCCCCACAGCCGAAAUGAAGGGCCGAGGUCAUAGCACCCUUAUUUUCCGGGUGACGUCCUAAUCCACAUUACUUGGAGAGGUAGCUUUCUCUGGCUGCACGCAUGAAAUGCCAGCAGUGCCUAAUCACUUAGAUGGUCAAUUAGGCAGUUCUAACUACCCACCGUGCAUGACAUAUCCCCAGCUUUCCAACGUGUUUUUGUGGAGACGCGGAGAUUGGGAGUUUGUGGGGAAAAAGGCGGGGGAAGUUGCUGGGCUUGGACCCCGUCAGUGUUGUGAUGUUGUGAUUCGCAGGCCGGAUAAGAAGUCUUCCGGAGAGGAGCUCCCAAGGCCUCAACAACAUCCUGUGCUUGGUCUGGGCACAGUAUCUAUCUUGAUGAGGGAUAUUUGCCAUCACCGGUGCCAGGUUAUGACAAUCAAUUGGCUGCAUGGCCUGGUGAUUCCCCACGGAUUUGAUCCCCCAUAAUUUCAGUGUCUCGUAUAGACUCCACCCCCAGAGUCACGAUUUCCAGACCAGUCUUUAGUAAAAGUGACGAGUAGCUCUUCUUGAACAGAGAAUUAGUCACUUGCAACGUCUG